AUGAGCAGCCCCGACGCCGUCAGAGACAAAUUCUACGAGAACCUGCACGUCCUAUUGGCGACUGUGUCGAAGGCGGACAAGCGGAUUGUCCUUGGUGACUUCAACGUCCGCGUCGACACAGACCAUACUGCCUGUAGAGGAGCGUUGGGUCCCCACGGUCUCCGCGGCUCAAACGACAAUGGUCUGCUGCUGCUCCGCACCUGCGCAGAGCACCGCCUCAUCCUGACGAACACGUUCUUCUGCCUACCGGAGCGAGAGAAGGCCACCUGGAGGCAUCCUCGGUCGCGUCAGUCGCACCUGCUGGACUAUUUCCUCGUCCGGAGGCGAGAUCAGCGGGACGAGCUGGUGACGAAGGCGAUCGCGGGUGCUGACGGGUGGACCGACCAUCGCCUCGUCAUCUCGAAGAUGCGUAUUCGCCUACAGUCUCGCAGGAGACCACACGGUAAGCGACCCCCAUGUAAGCUGAAUACUGCCUUGUUGUCUUUGCCCGCUCACCAUCUUCAUUUCAGCAAUGAGCUAGCUCAACGGCUAGACAACAUUCCUAUCGCUGCCGCCGCCGACGACUCCGCCGCAGCCGAGAACGCCUCCGUGGAGAACCGCUGGUGUCUACUGCGAGACACGGUCCAGUCGACGGCACUCGCCGUCCUCGGUCGCGCUCCCCGCCAACACCAGGACUGGUUCGACGACAACGACGCCGCCAUCAGAAAUCUGCUUGCUGAGAAGAACCGCCUACACAAAGCCUACGCAGAUCACCCCACUGAGGAUAACAAAGCUGCUUUCUACCGCAUUCGCCGCCAGCUUCAACAACGGCUGCGCGAGAUGCAGGACGCCUGGACUGCUCGCAAAGCUGCGGAGAUCCAAGGCUACGCGGACCGUAACGAAUGGAAGAACUUCUUCUCUGCUAUUAAAACUGUCUACGAUCCGCCGACCAAAGGCACUGCUCCUCUCCUCAGCGCCAAAGGCAGCACCCUCCGGACUGAGAAGACACAAAUCCUACAACGAUGGGCCGAGCAUUUCCGAGGCGUCCUCAACCGUCCUUCCACCAUCUCCGACGCCGCCAUCGGCCGUUUGCCGCAAGUGGAGACCAACUUGGACCUCGACCUUCCGCCAUCUCUCCAGGAAACCAUCAGGGCCGUACCCCAGCUCUCCAGCGGGAAAGCACACGGAUCGGACGCAAUCCCUGCUGAGGUCUACAAGCAUGGAGUUCCCAAACUCAUGGACCAACUGACUGCGCUCUUCCAGGAGAUGUGGCGUCAAGGCGAAGUCUCGCAAGAUUUCAAAGACGCAACCAUCAUACAUCCCUACAAGCGCAAAGGGAAUCUCCAAGUCUGUGACAAUCACCGUGGCAUCUCCUUGCUAAACAUCGCAGGGAAGAUCUUUGCUCGCAUCCUCCUCAAUCGUCUGAAUAAUCCCCUGGAACAGGGCCUUCUGCCUGAAAGUCAAUGCGGCUUCGGUCGUCAUCGCGGGACCACGGAUAUGAUCUUCGCCGACCGUCAACUUCAGGAGAAGUGUCAGGAGAUGCGGACCCACCUGUACUCUACCUUCGUAGACCUAACGAAAGCCUUCGACACGGUGAAUCGUGAAGGACUGUGGAAGAUCAUGCAGAAAUUCGGCUGUCCGGAGCGAUUUUUUCAGAUGGUGCGUCAACUGCACGACGGUAUGAUGGCGCGAGUCACGGACAACGGAGCUGUCUCUGAGGCAUUCGCAGUGACCAAUGGAGUGAAGCAGGGCUGUGUGCUGGCGCCUACCCUCAUCAGUCUUAUGUUCUUUGCCAUGCUGAUGGACGCCUACCGUGAUGAACGCCCGGGGAUCCGCAUCGCCUACAGGACGGACGGCCACCUCUUCAGUCAACGGCGGAUGCACUUCCAAUCGCGCAUAUUUACAACCACUGUUCACGAACUUCUCUUCGUCGACGACUGCGUCCUGAACACCACCUCAGAAGAGGAGAUGCAACGGAGCAUGGACCUAUUCUCCGCCGCCUGCGAGAACUUCGGUCUGGUCAUCAGCAUGCAGAAGACGGUGGUCAUGCGUCAACCGCCACCGAACACAGGUACUCCUCCCAAGGUGCCGAAAAUCAGCAAGUGGUGGAGUACUUCCCGUACCUGGGCAGCGCCCUCUCCCACAACACCAUAAUUGAUGACGAAGUCGCUCGCAGGAUCUCGAAAGUCAGUCAAGCUUUCGACCGCCUCCAAAAAAAAACAGUUUGGAAUUGUCACGGUCUCCAACUGAGCACGAAACUGAAGAUAUACAAGGCCAUCAUCCUACCGACGCUGCUGUACGGAGCGGAGACUUGGACGGUCUACACGAAACGGGCACGCCGACUGAACCCCUUCCACCUCAGUUGUCUUCGACGCAUCCUGAGGCUGAACUGGCAGGAUCGAAUCCUCGACAAUGAUGUGCUGGAACGGACGGGAAUCUUCAGCAUCUACACCAUGCUGAGACAAAUGUAGCUGCGUUGGAGCGGCCACCUGGUGCUCAUGAACGACGAACAUCUACCCAAACGACUCUUCUACGGAGACCUCGCGACGGGUCUCGCCGUCAAGGAGGCCAAAUUCGCCGUUACAAGGAUACCCUGAAGUCCUCCCUGAAGCGUCUGCAAAUCAACCUCACCAACUGGGAAGAGCUCGCCCGCGAUCGCCCGAUCUGGAGAACAGUGAAGAAGGGCGCUGCUAUUUAUGAAGCCAACCGCAUCGCCGCCGCCAAAAUGAAACGCGAUGCACGCAAAUCACAACUUCGCCCAGUCCGCAACGCCGACGCACAACCGCUACCAACGUGUCCUCGGUGUCAAAGGACAUUUCAGGCUCGAAUCAGACUUAUUGGACAUCUUCGGAUCAACUGUAACUCUCGGACCGUACCAGCCGCAGUCCAUCCACUGGCCUCUUCCUCGUCUCUCCGCCGCCAACUACCUCUGACUAUUCUGCUGUGCCGCCAUCUCUAACCUCCUCUUCCUCCUCCUCCUCCCCAACCUCCUCCUCCUCCACCUCCUCCUACUCGUACUCCUCCAUUGCACCAACGGCUGCAGCUCAGGCGGCCUUCACGCAUAUCACCAACCCUGACACAGCAAUCGACAUCCCCUCACUGCCUCCGACUUCAGCAAUGAGGUUCAGGACUACACCUGUCUUCACUGCGACCGCGCCUUUACCUCACACAUCGGCCUGGCCGAUCACUUGCGGAUCCAUCGCACAGAGACUGACGAACCAGUGCCUGGAGCGGCAACAUAAACCCAUCAAGCUCGGCUCAACCGCCCACACUGUCCUCGCACUUUCAGACAUCUCAUGGGUCUAUUCGGUCACAUGCGCAUCCACGAGAGCGGAAUUGACCGCAACUCCGACAACCCCGCCACAUCAAACACACCAACCAUGCCCAGCCCCACCCUCGCUUCAUCGUCCUGCGCGCCCGUCACUACCACCAUCACUACUACAACCACCACCACCACCGCCUCCUCUGUAGCUGACACUGACACCACCGACUUCACCUGCCCACACUGUCCACGCACAUUCACCUCCCGCAUCGGCCCGGUCGGUAACUUGCGAAUCCAUCGCACAGAGACUUGA